AUGCACCGCGCAGUUAGCAGCAGGACUAGGACUUCGGCCCUGAGGUCCUCGGCCGCCGCCGCAAAGUUCAGGCCCGGCGCUGGUCUGUCGCAGCAGCUUCGCUUUGCGCACAAGGAGCUCAAGUUUGGUGUCGAGGGACGCGCCGCUCUCCUGGCUGGUGUUGACACUUUGGCCAAGGCCGUCUCAACGACGCUGGGUCCCAAGGGCCGCAAUGUCCUCAUCGAGUCUAGCUAUGGCUCGCCCAAGAUCACAAAGGAUGGUGUGACCGUCGCAAAGGCUAUCACGCUCAAGGAUAAGUUCGAGAACCUCGGUGCCAAGCUCCUCCAGGACGUCGCGUCCAAGACCAACGAGGUCGCCGGUGACGGUACCACCUCGGCCACCGUCCUCGCCCGUGCCAUCUUUUCCGAGACCGUCAAGAACGUUGCUGCUGGCUGCAACCCCAUGGAUCUGCGCCGCGGUAUCCAGGCUGCCGUCGACGCCGUUAUCGACUUCCUGCACAAGCAGAAGCGCGAUAUCACCAGCGCCGAGGAGGUUGCCCAGGUCGCCACCAUCUCGGCCAACGGUGACGUGCACGUCGGCAAGAUGAUCGCUAACGCCAUGGAGAAGGUUGGCAAGGAGGGUGUCAUCACCGUCAAGGAGGGCAAGACCCUAAUUGAUGAGCUUGAGGUUACCGAGGGUAUGAGGUUCGACCGCGGCUUCGUGUCGCCCUACUUCAUCACCGACGCCAAGGCCCAGAAGGUUGAAUUCGAGAAGCCCUUGAUCCUUCUCUCAGAGAAGAAGAUCUCGGCUGUCCAGGACAUCAUCCCCGCUCUCGAGAUCUCGACCCAGACCCGCAGGCCGCUUGUCAUCAUCGCUGAGGACAUCGAGGGCGAGGCUCUGGCUGUCUGCAUUCUGAACAAGCUCCGCGGCCAGCUCCAGGUCGCUGCUGUCAAGGCUCCCGGCUUCGGUGAUAACCGCAAGUCGAUCCUUGGCGACAUUGCCGUUCUUACCAACGGUACCGUCUUCACCGAUGAGCUUGAUGUCAAGCUGGAGAAGGCUACCAUCGACAUGCUAGGCUCCACCGGAUCCAUCACCAUCACCAAGGAGGACACCAUUAUCCUGAAUGGCGAGGGCAGCAAGGAUAUGAUUACCCAGAGGUGCGAGCAGAUCCGUGGCGUCAUGGCCGACCCCACCACCUCGGAGUACGAGAAGGAGAAGCUUCAGGAGCGUCUGGCCAAGCUCUCGGGUGGUGUUGCCGUCAUCAAGGUCGGCGGCGCUUCCGAGGUUGAGGUCGGUGAGAAGAAGGACCGCUUCGUUGAUGCCCUCAACGCCACCCGUGCCGCCGUUGAGGAGGGCAUCCUGCCCGGUGGUGGUACCGCUCUGCUCAAGGCUGCCAGCCAGGCCCUUGGCGACGUCAAGUCGGCCAACUUUGACCAGCAGCUCGGUGUUAGCAUCAUCAAGAACGCCAUCACCCGCCCUGCCAGGACAAUCGUCGAGAACGCCGGUCUUGAGGGCUCCGUCAUUGUUGGCAAGCUCAUGGACGAGUUCGGCUCUGACUUCCGCAAGGGUUACGAUGCCGCCAAGGGCGAGUACGUCGACAUGAUCGACGCCGGUAUCGUCGACCCGCUCAAGGUCGUCCGCACCGGUCUCCUUGACGCCAGCGGUGUCGCUUCGCUGCUCGGUACCACCGAGGUUGCCAUCGUUGAGGCUCCUGAGGAGAAGGGCCCUGGUGGCGGCAUGGGUGGUAUGGGAGGCAUGGGUGGCAUGGGCGGUAUGGGUGGCAUGAUGUAA